AUGACAGCCUCUGUUAACUCUACCGUCCUGACCCUUACCAAUGACUACAAACUAAAAGGACCCAAUUACAAUGGCUGGCAUCGGAGUAUUAUGUUACUCUUGACUGUAGAACGUCUAUCUGCAGUUCUUGAUGAAGUGGCCCCUCAAAAACCCGUUGAUGAUGAUUAUGAUCAGCAUGAAGCCUAUGAAUACUUUCAUUCAUGUGAUUCAAAGGCUAUGUUAUACAUCCUUGGAUCGGUUGAUAAAUCGAGCACUGACUCUAUGGAAGGCAUAACCUCUACUAAGGGUAUGAUGGAUAAGCUCAAGGAACUUUUCAGUCAGACUGAUGUGCAUGAGCACCAUGAGCUUGUUGGUCUUAUCCAUAAUACCAAAAUGAAAUAG